AUGACGGGACUUGCUGUGGACAUGCUCAGCGUGCAUCUCCAACCAGAAGAAGCCGCAAAUCAGGUUCUUUUUCGUGAGACGGUCUCGCGUUUGAGGGAGCGCUUGGACGAUCAUGGAGUGGUGGUCAUUCAAGGCCUUCAUAAUACGAAGGAUUGCAGACUGGCGGCCAGGCAUGUGCACAGUGAGAUUAUGUCUCCCUGGGCCACGUUCAGCAACAUACGCGACAACAAAUAUCGCAAGGAUCUGGCGCUACCCAUGCGCGGGCACGUAAUGCGGCUGCUGCGAAAAACCCUUUCUGUGUUGGCCCCAGUCUUUGAAGCGACACUAGGCCCAAAUGCGAGUUUGGUGGAGUUUUCGUCUCUGACGACCUACAGCGGUGCUGGCCCACAGGCUUUUCACGCGGAUUCCAGCAUGGAGUCCGUGAAGCGGAUGCGAUCUUUGGGACGUAUGUUCUCAGCCUUCAUCUACCUUGAUGACGUCCGACCUGAGUCGGCUCCGCUCGACGUGGUGCCCGGCACACACACUCAUUUCCAGUUUUUGAUGGAGGAUGAGCAGGAAAUGAUGACCAGCGUUCCCUUUGCACGCCUGGCUGUGCCACAGGGAAGCAUCGCCAUCUACGAUUCCCGUACUCUUCACCGUGGUGCAGCCAACACAUCCCCCUUUGCUCGGCCAACAAUCUACUUCUCACUUGCAGAGCAGCACAAGCUCAUACCCAUUGGCCCAGUAUACUCUUUGCGACACGGCUAUCGGCAGUUCCCGCUCACAAUUAACAAUGUUAUUUUGGAGACCAUACCCGAUGAAGUCUUGGCAGACGGCGUGCUUGUUCACAGUGACUUGGACUUUAGGGGUUUCUGGGCUUAG